UCGAGGGAUCGGCGAUGGCGGACGUGGGGAGCCUGGAGAAGAUGGGCCGAGAGCUCAAGUGCCCCAUCUGCUUGAGCCUUCUCAGUUCGGCGGUAUCUAUCUCCUGCAAUCACAUCUUCUGCAACGAUUGCCUCACGGAAUCGAUGAAGUCCGCGUCGAGCUGUCCUGUGUGCAAGAUCCCGUUCCGCCGACGAGAAAUGCGACCUGCACCUCACAUGGACAAUCUGGUCAGCAUUUUCAAAAGCAUGGAGGCUGCAACAGGGAUCAAUGUGGUCUCAACACAGGUGGAUCCUGCGGUAAAAGUUGCAGAUCGAUCCGAAUGUGUCAACAGUGGGAAAAACUCUAAAAGUUCACUAAAGCCAUUGGCACGAAAAAGGAAGGUAUCAUGCAAGAAGGAAAAUAAUACAAAAAAGGAUGCUACAGCCUCUACAUCCUGUCCUACUACCAAGCCUUCUUUCUCUACUAACAAAAGAAUACAAGUGACACCAUUCCCUGAAUCUGAGACACCAAUAAGGACUAAGAAGAUUAUGAACCCCGAAGAGCUAAAAAAUAAUCAGAAUGAUCAUGUUGAAGAGAACAAGAGUAAAGCAGUUACAUCGGAUCAACCAGAAAGUCCUUCGUUGUCACCCUUUUUUUGGUUAAGGGAACACGAAGAAGAAGUAGGCUGUACUGCUGAGACGUUAAGUGAAACACUAUCGUUAGACACACCCCUGCGUCAUGAUGCACCCUCUUUUAGUGAUAUCAAAGACUCCGAUGACGAAAUUCCCUUUCAUACAACUCCAAACAGCAAACCUACGGCCAAAGAAUUUUUUGAUAGUGAAAUAUUUGAAUGGACCCAGAGACCUUGCUCUCCUGAACUGUGUUCCACUCCAUUGAAAAAGCAGAGUAAAGCUAAGAAUAAACUUGAUCAAAUUGAAGAGAAAGGUGAUGAAGAUAUACAUAUUGGCGGUUCGUUUGAUCAGUUAGGUCAUGCUCAGCCUGUCAAUACUAAAGCAACAAAGCAGAAGAGAAAGAAAACAAGUGCUAGUAACAGAAAGAUUGCAAAGACGCUGAAUCGUGCUGAGCGGUGCAUAAAGAAGACUGAUGCCAAUGACCAAGGUUUGAGCAGCCGUAGAAGUGUUUCUUUGAAAUCAUGUCAGAAAAACAGCGUUGCUGUAGGGAGGAAUACCUCAGGUAGAAGAAACAAGGCUUCUAGCAACAGCAAGCCAAUUCAUUGCUCCAGUGAUAACCCCCCAGAGUCAUAUUUUCCUAAGGAGAUUUUGGAUGUUGAAGCACCUGACGACCCCCUUUCAGAAAGGAACCAAGAUAUGGAGAAAAAUAGUCGACGAAAGGGAAGUGCAAGGAAGCCGAGAAUGGAAGGUAAAACUACGGAAGAUACUACAGAGAGGAACUGUGAACCGAGAAGUAAGCGAGCCAAAAGAAUGUCUGAUCGCGUUAUAGCUGAACCGGUUGAAGUUCCUUCAGGAUCUGGAAAUGAAGCAGAAGUACUGCAGCUUCACACUGUCUCAAAAGGCAGCAUCCAGCGCACACCGGCAAAUGUUAGAAGAAAGAGAAAAGUUUGUGGAGAACAGAAAAGUAAGAAUGAACUUGAGAGCACAAUAUCAGACAUCGGUACAAUGACUCCUAUUGUUUUACCUGGGAGAUGUCAAAGUAACGAGGCACUAUGUACAGCUCCUUCAGUAAGGAAUGCAUCUAUUAAGAACAAGCAAGCAGAAUUUAUCGAACCUGAUUUUUUUGGAAUAGAAAAUUUUGAAAAUCUUCAAGCAUGCCCUGCACGUAAUGUUUUACUAAAGAAGUGUGAGGAUACUAGUUUGAAGGUUUCUUGUGCUUUCUGCCAGUCUGGUGUCAUCACAGAGGAUUCUGGUGAGAUGGUUCAUUACCAAAAUGGAAAACAAGUGCCUGCAGAGUUCAAUGGAGGGGUUAACGUUGUGCAUUCUCACAAGAAUUGCCUUGAGUGGGCUCCUGAUGUCUACUUUGAAGAUGAGUCUGUCUUCAAUCUUACAACUGAAUUGGCCAGAAGCAGAAGGAUCAAAUGUGCUUGCUGUGGAAUUAAAGGAGCUGCACUUGGAUGCUUUGAGAUGAGUUGUCGGAGAAGUUUCCACUUCACCUGUGCUAAACUGAUCCCAGAAUGCAGAUGGGAUAAUGAAAACUUUGUGAUGCUAUGCCCUCUGCAUCGGUCUUCAAAGUUGCCUAAUGAAAAUCCUGAACAGCAAAAGCAACCUAAAAGGAAAAUAACACCGAAAGGCCCAUCUCAAAUAGAACGUAAUCAGGAUUGUAGUAAUAACUGGAAAUGGCCAUCUGGAUCACCACAGAAGUGGGUGCUCUGCUGUUCAUCACUUUCUGGCAUUGAGAAGGAAGUUGUAUCAGAAUUUGCAAAGUUAGCCGGCGUGCAUAUUUCAGCAAAUUGGAGCUCCAAUGUUACCCAUGUUAUUGCAUCAACUGAUCUCUCUGGUGCUUGCAAACGAACACUGAAGUUUCUCAUGGCAAUCUUGAAUGGCAGAUGGAUCGUCUCCAUAGACUGGGUUAAAACUUGCAUGGAGUGCAUGGAGCCGAUUGAUGAACAGAAAUUUGAGGUCACUACUGAUGUUCAAGGGAUCACUGAUGGUCCUAGGUUAGGAAGAUGCAGAGUAAUCGACAGGCAACCUAAGCUGUUCGAUGGCGUGAGGUUCUACCUCCAUGGGGACUUCACCAAAUCCUACAGAGGAUACCUGCAAGAACUUGUGGCUGCAGCGGGUGGAACAGUUCUACAGAGGAAGCCCGUGUCAAGAGACCAGCAGAAGCUGCUUGAUGACAGCUCUGCCUCUGCCGUCCUCAUCGUCUACAGCGUCGAGAGCAAAGACAAGCCAAAAUCCAAGGGCGAAACCGAGGCUGCUGCUGCUAAUCGCAGACAGGCGGAUGCUCAGGCUCUCGCCUUCGCCUCCGGUGGCAGAGUUGUGAGCAGUGCGUGGGUGAUCGACUCGAUUGCAGCCUGCAAGCUGCAACCUCUUUGAAGUGAGGAAACUGAUCAAUUAUUUGAAACAAAAUAUGAGUUUCGUAUGUAUGCACAGGUCUUUGUAACUAGACUUCUAAAUUAUUUGAAAAUAAGCUCAGUUUCGUGCGUACGUGCUCUCACAACACAAG